AUGCCUGGCAUCUUGCAAAUCUGCACUUCAGCAGUCCCAACUCCCAUGACUUCCUCUGGACCUGCUCCCACAGCAACUACCUCAUCGUCAUCCCCUGCUUCCACUGCCACAUGUGAUCCUUCCAGUAAAGUCCCGGCAACCGCUCCUGCAUGUGUUAAGAAAUGUGCCACUAUCAAGAUCAAGGAGGGUUACUGCACAGACAAGAAUGUUUUCAAUCAAGCUUACCAACAAUGUCUAAAGUACGUGCUUCAACCAAGACCCACCAGAUCUUUUGCCGCAAUGCCAUCUACUAAUCCUGUCCUGCACAAACCUACCAUCAAGCCAGGGACAACUGCAAUGGCAAGGACUCAUCCACUGGGAUGCAAUAUAAAUUCAACAACCUUUUCCGGACACCUUGCAGAUCAGGUCAAAGACUUCCUCCUUCUUUAA